AUGCCAAGCACUAAAGCAAGCCUUGAAUCUAUAAAUGCAUUACUUAAUAAGCAACAAGAAAAACUCCAACGAUUAGAAACCACUGAAGAGGAAAAGAUUGAAGAACUCAAAAAACUUCCGCCAAAUAGUGACGCGACUGGAGGCUUGAUGAGUUACUUACGAAACGCAAAAGCCGAAAAGGAAGCACUUCAAAAGGAAAUACAGGAAAAUAAGGUAACCAUCAACGACCUUACGCGACAACUCGACGAAGCAAAAGGGGGUGAUAUCGAUAGUCAAUUCGAAGCCGUCCAGGAGGAAAACCAAGUAUUGCAGGGGCGCAUAGAAGAAUUGGAAGACGAAUUCAUGAAACAAGGCAGGCUAACUACUGAAAGUCAUGCCGCCGAAAUUGCAGACUUUAAAGCUAGGCUCUCUAAGCUGCUAGAAGAAAUGAGCGCAGCAAGGAAUCAACUAAGGGUUGCUUUGAAUGAAUCGGCGGGGAAAGACGCAGAACUACAGCGCUUGGGAAAAGAAUUAAUGGAGUCCGUUGACAGAGAAAGGCAAGUAAUGGCGGACAAGGCAGUGGCGGAGGAACGAAUACGACAACUUCGACAGGCCGUCGAAGACUUGGAGGGGCAAAUAGAGCGGCAGCAGGAAAUAAGUAAUGACCAAACUCGUUCCGAAGAAGAAAGGGAAGCAGCUCAAAGGGAAUUAGAGGCCCUUUAG